AUGCUGAACGACCUGCCUCGCUGGCCGCGGUACCGGCCGAUCCGCGUGAUCGGCCAGGGUGGCUUCGGCACGGUGUACCUCUGCGUGGACACGGAGCCUGCCAGCCCCAUGUAUGAGCAGGAGGUGGCUGUCAAGGCCGUCUCGCUCGGCGCCCUUUGCGAUGAGGAGGUGCUCAUGGUUAUGUCAGAGGUGUCGCUGUUAAAGAAUGUUGGCCACCCGAACAUCAUCACCUACUACGACUCGUUCCUGUACGAUGAUGACGAGUCGGCGCUGUCACGGAAGGGAGGCGCCACGCUUGUUCCACAGGCUGAUGGCGACGACAUCGCUGCAGCUGGGGCAGGCUUUCGAUCGCAGUGGCUCUGUCUUGUGACGGAGUACAUGGACGGCGGCGACCUUGCUGCCCUGCUGCGGCAGUACAGCGGUCAAGGACUGAGCAGCACCAAAGGUGUAUGCGAGGCCACCAGUUUGAGGACACUGGACACGGCCGCCGCAGCGCGCAAGCGGGGCAGGCCUUCAGCUGCUGUAACAGACGGCGCCGCUGCAGGGGCCGAUCAAGGGGAGGCGAGUGAGGGAGACUGGGUAAGUCGCAGUCGACUACACCGCCAGCGCCUCGUAACAACUCUCCGCGCCGCACCGCGCCCACCAAUGUCGACGUCUGCCACGACAGCGACGAAGGCAACCGUGAUGCGGUGGGAUGGCCUCAACGCCUCCGCCGACCAGACGUGGAUGUCUGACGCCUCCGCGGCGGCGAUGCCGACCACCCCGCUCGGAGCCACCGACGUCGAGGCCGCAGAUGGGGCGGCUCGCGGCAGUCGCAACGGCAUCCAAAUGCACACUGCGGCUGCCAGCAAUGCCGCCGUUGGCUCUGCUGCCACGGGCGCACCGCACCUCGCCUCCGUGCCGCUCGAGCCCCAGCUCCCGCCUCUGCCGAAUCAGCUGUGGGUCGAGUCCUUUCUAAUCACAGAUAUUGCGAAACAGUGCCUCGACGCCUUGGCGUACCUGCAUGCCUUGUGCAUCGUUCACCGCGACAUCAAGCCGUCCAAUAUUUACCUCUCGAAGCGCGACGGUACCGUCAAGAUUGGCGACUUCGGCGUGUCGAAGCUGCUCCAGUCCGCAGAGCCCUUCACGCUGACGUUUGUGGGCACCCCGUUUUACCUCUGCCCUGAGCUGUGCAUGGGCGACCCCUACUCCUUCGGUGCCGAUAUCUGGGCGUUGGGUGUGGUCCUGUACGAGCUCUACUGCCUCAAACUUCCCUUCACCUCCGACAACGUUCUGGCACAGAUCUACGUUAUCACGGAAGGCAAAUAUGACACUGCCGCGCUGAGCACGCCACACGCCUUCGCAGAGUCCCAGCAGGCCGUGCUGGAGACGCUCUACGGACCCUCCUUUCUCCGUUCUGAGCGCCUGCUGCACUCCCUUGUGGUGAGCAUGGUUGGUAAAAUGCUUCAGGUUGAUCCGGCAGAGCGGCCCUCAGCCGAGGAGUUGCUAGCGGGUGUGUUCGGCGCCGGCAGCGCGUCGCGGUGCGGCUCGAGCGCAGGUCUUCCGCUUGCCCCGGUGGCGCCGACGCCGGUGCACCGCCCCCGGUCCACCUGUGUGCUAGCCCAUGGCUCCGUCUCCACGCCUCCGCAGCGUGGCCCAUCCUCACCCGCUGCCGAGCCUGAGGGAGUAGUGGCGGCCACGUCGCAAGCGCCGUCCAAUCGUUUAGGUCUUUCAGCAAGUGAGCAGCACGCACGGUGGGCCGGCAGCCUCGUUGCGGCUGCAUCCAGUGCGCUUCAGCAGGAGCAAGGGGCAUCUCGCGUUUCCCUCACAGCUCCCGGAAGUCGCCGCAGCCGCGAGAGAAGAGACGACGUGGUCAAUGACUUCACCGGCGCGCACACCCCUCUCGCUGUCCGCGUGAAGACGUCUGUGGGGGACAUACUGCAGGGCAUGCCGUCCGCGCAGCGUGCGCGUCUCGGCAGCCGUGCUGCGGCAGAGGAGAGGGAUGAAAAGGAGGAGGUCUUGCGGGCCAUGCUGCCUGUGACAUCGCCAAAGUCGACGCCCUCUUCGGUGCUCUUUCAUUCUACCAUGGAGGCCGGCGUGGGAAGCAACAGCGCCAACCGACAAACCGCGCUCUCGCCGAGCCUUGCAGGACGAGGACGGGCAGAGGUGUCCGCGUUGUCCGAGAAGCGCAGAGGCAGCACCGCGGGUGCUGAGCCGCCGUCGCUCGAGCUUGCUGAGUACCCGGCUCUGCAGCUUCUCCCUGCGGCGCCGUUCCCGCUGGAGCUGCUCUACGGCAGUCUCGCCAACACCGGCGACUCUGCCGUGAACAGCACAGGCACGACUGGAGAGCAGCGUACCGUAGGCGACAAGGCAUCGGUGAGUUCCCCGCUAGGGGUGCAGGCCACACAGCAAGCAUCACCACUCUCAUCUAUGUCGUCAGCUGACAGGCCACCUAUUGGGCGCACCCACUGCGACGAUGACGAUGCGCUGGACCACCCCAUCGGUGCGCAGACGCGCAGCGAGAUCAUGGCGCUGAUGGAGAACAUUCCGUGGCUUAAGAACGCCGAAGUCUUCUCCGCCAUUCCGCUCUCCGCCGGGUGUGACGACGUCAUGCUGGUUGAGCGCGCGCAUCGCAGCUCCGUGUCUGCAAGCGGCACCGACGGUGCUCUGAGCUCUGCCACCGACAACGCAGCAACCGGCGGCUCCGAGGAGAAAGCAGCGGGUGCUGCGCCGGCGUCGAAGGGCUCGCGCACUGCGCCGCACCAGCGGCAGUCGCAGCUGCCGUCGCCGUUGCGGUCACCGCACAGUCCGGCAACUGGAACGGAAGACAUGCAGAUGUCCUCGGAUCCCCGGCUGCCUGUAUGCCGCGCCGGGGUCGUGUCUCCCACGGCCCCCCGCAUUGAGGUGAAGACGAUCAGCGGGACGACCAUCACUAUGGGAGACAGCCGCCGCCCUCUUAGCUCGCGAUCCCCGUUUCAGCAAGGCUCCGCCGGAGCAGCGGAGAUGGCCGAGGCAGAGAGCACACAGUCAGUGUCACAGCGCCGCAUCUCAGGCGGGUUCACUGCUGCGAGCCGACAGCCGCCGUGCAUCCCAGCUGCCCCGCUCCGCCAACGUGUGUCGGUGACUGCCUUGUCCACGACGGUACUGACGAGCACGCCGACGCCGCCAGCCUCGCGGCCCGACAAGCCGCAGAUGGCACAGGAUGCCAGUGGUCCUGCGCGUCCGUCGCCGUCGCUGCAACCGAGGGGGAACGCGGACAGGCAGCCGACAGCGGUCACGGCGGCAAGCAAGGGUGCUUCUGCCUCGUACCCGCGGCUGUUCUCAUCCUCCAGUCUUGAGCCGACAGUGGGCAAUGCCGCCAGUGAGGCGCGGCUGCGCCCCUUUAGCGCUGCCCGAAUGCUUGCUACAGCGAUGGCAUCGGCGAGCGGGGCCGCGCCACCCACCCCCAAGGCGCACUCUCCCGGUCACUGCGAGGGCUACUCCACCACUGAGCUGGAGGCCCUCCUGCAGGCGAAGCUGCUAACACACUGUCAGCGGCGGCAGCGGCAGCUGGGCGCGCAGUGGACGCAGCGUGCAGCACGGGAGGCCGCUAAGGCCGCAACCCGCGCAAAGCUGAAGGCGCUGUAUGAUGAGGCCUUCGUUUCUCGGCUCGCCCCGGCGUCGUCGGACGCAGCCUACACCGCUACGUACCACUCCGGCGGCACCAUAGACGGCCCUUCAGAGGUGCCGGAUGAGUUUGUCGCCCACGCCGACGAGCGCUCGAGAGCUGCGAGUGACUCAGGCGAUAGCGGCGCUCACUUCCCGGGCGAUGACGCCCUGGCGACACCAGUCGCACGCGCACCGACGCAACUGCCCGCGCUAGAGGCGGACGCUUGGGCAAAGGGCGCGCCUGUGGCGGCGCACUCAGCGAAGGAAGUGGCGUCCCCGACACCUCCGCCCGUUCCGUCCUCUCAUGGCUCGUCGCUGCCUUUUUCCGUCGACGCCACGGCGCGACAGGCCGAGACAGAGGAGUCGGUGCUGCGAGCUCUCUCCGCUGUCUACCCUCGUCCUGUUGAGAUACCAGCGACGACUGUGCCCGGUACUGGGAUGCUCAUGGACGAUGGCGACGACAGCAAGGGCUGGCUAGCGGCGACCCCCUCGGCGCGUCGUAUCCGCGAGGCCGCGUCGCUGGCAGUCGCCGUGGAGCAUCAGUGCGCUGCCUUUCGCCGUGGCAAGGAACCUGCAAGGUUGCGGGUGGUUCCGCCGUGGCGACCACCGCACGACUCACGUGACGUGCCGGGCCUGUGGGAGACGUCCUCGGCGGAGGAGGAGGCAGAUGCGUCAGCACGUGGCCGACUGGGGCGCCCCGCGCCGACACGUGUGCGGGAAGAAGUGCGGUGGCGUUGGAGUGCGCCGCCUUCUGACCUGGAUGACACGGCAGGGACGACGUCCGAGGACGAAGAGAGGGGGGCGUUGUUGUCGAGCACCGCUUCCUCAUCAGCUGCGUCUUCGAUGUCCACGUCGCCGUCGUCGUCAUCGGCGUUGUUGGCGUCGACGUCUGGAGCCGAUACGCUUGAUGCACCAGGGCAUCCUUCAAAGACGCCCUCCAUUACCGCGGCACCAGGAGCAGAUGUGCAGCAGCGCUUACCAAGUCCGAAACUCGUGGGUAGCGGGGGCGAGCUGGGCGGUGGUGUGAUUGGCUCGCGGCGCAGCCCUGACGAUGCUCAUGCUGGCGAGCCGCGUCCAUCUUCGCUGCUGGGAUCGCCCAUGUAUGUGGAGCUCGACAGCGUUGACGGUGGCGUCAGGGGUGGACACGCACGCGGCGACGGCAUGCACAGGGUGUCUUUGAGUACGUCUAGUCUCGCCGACGCGUCGGCGAAGGCGACAGCGGCAGCGGGUCACGAAAAAGACGAGACGGACUCGGCCUCUGCGAGCAGAUUCUCGACUCCAUCCUCCACCUCAUCGGCAUUGCGCUCCUCUGCCAGUCGCAGCUCUGGUGCUUUGGGUCAUCCGCACCGCAGCAAGGACGAGGCGCGGCAUGACGUGAGCAGCAGCUCACACGAUGAGGGCAGCAGCGCCGAAAACAGCAGCAGCGGCAGCAGCUCAGACGAUGCGCCAUUCUCGGCAUCGCAGACGGCAUCUUUUUCAUUUCACAGCUUUGGUGGCGCCGCAUCCUCGACGGACACCGACGGCGACGAUGCGGAACCCCGCGCGGCAGCGAAGAGGGCGGAGAGCGACGGCGACGAGGACAUGUCGUACACGUAUACGGUGCAGCUGGACGCGGUGACGGGGCUGCGCCACUUCGAAUACGUGUGCCCCGUGACAGUGGAAGUGGUGGGCGCUUUGCCAGGCGGUUGUCGCGUCGUGUCUGCAGUAGCGGCCUCGCACGCUCUGGACGCCGCCACGGCGGCGUCCUUGUCCGCGACGCAGGUGCCCCCUAGUGAGCAUUGCAGCAUGAAACAAGGCAAUGAUGGGCUGGCGACGCGGGUGCUAGCGGCGGAGGCGCCGACGGAUGUGUCCGCGACGCCGAGGCCGCACGAGGGCAGCGACGAUACGGCAGCCGCCAAUGGCGGCAUCAGCAGCUGCCUCGGCCAAGACAAGGCAUCCCUGUUCGGCGGAGGGUACUAUAUCAUGUGGCAGGAGGACGGUGGCUUCGACGCUGCCGCUGCCUCGCCGCCAACGUCGUCUGCCCCUGCUCCAUCCUCGUCGCUGUCGUCGUCGCCGCCGGGCACCGGAGUGACGGUGGGCUUCACGGCCGUGCCAGCAAAGCAGCAGGGACAUUUACCGGCAGCGAACGGCAUGGCACCACCCGAAGGGUUCCAAUCGGCACGAGCGGCUACUCUUCACUCGGCACCCCCUUCGACCACCAACUGGCAGCCCGAUGUGACCGUGCGAGUCGCAGCCGCGUCGUCGAGCUGCGGCAAGGACGACAACAACGCUGGCAGCGGUGCCACUGCACACCUUCGCGGGCGCACGGCCUCGCUACACUUGAGCGGAGCACCACUCGCGAGGGUGGCGGCGCCUCUUCGCCCCUCGCACGUGGCGCUAGCGGUGCUUUCCGAGGAAGCUACGGCGAAGGCACACACGCCGUUGACCCGCUCCUCCUUAGCGGAUUCCAACCCCACGAAAGUGGACACAGAGGUGCUCCCGGCCUCCAAGAGUGCCUCGACCAACGCCGAUGGAAACCCAGCGAUGGAUUUCCUGUGCGACCGAGCUUGGACACGGGGCCAGACAGCGGCGACCCCCGCGCAGGAGAUCGCCGCUGUUAUGGAGACGACGUGGUGGGUGCGGGUACCUUCAAGUCCCUCAGCUCCAUCGCAGGGGCUGGAGACGCCGCAACAGCAGCACCAACUCGCGGGAUCGCCCCAGUACAUCCGUCUUCCUCUGUCGCUCGCUCUCCGGCCGCUGCGGCAGCGCACCCGUUUCGUCGGACUCCUGUGGCGUUUGUGGGUGUCUCUGCAGGUCAGUGAGCCGGCGCUGAGUCGGGUGCUUCUUCAUCGUCGCGGCGGUGCGCCGUCACCUUCUCCGGGUUGCACGUUUGCCGAGGCUUUCGGAGACUGGGUUACAGGCACCACACCUGCUCGCAAUACAGACACGGGUGAAUGCACUGAGGAGGAUGUCUCACCGCAGUCGUCGAGCGAGGCGAGCAGCAGCCUCCGCCUCGGCCGCACCAUCAUCACCACCGCGACGACGGGUUCUUCCAGCAACAGCGACACAGCGGCUGAUUCGCAGGUGUUGCCGGCGUCAGCUUCUCUUACGGUGCCUUCGCGUUCCUCGCCGCGCAAGUGGGGGCUGUACUACGUGGAGGCGCGCACCUGGUGCGCUGUGCAGCUGCGCACCGACGCGGACUGGGCUGUAGUGCGGCGUAAGGUAGCCGAGAUGGGUACAAUGCUGCCGUUUGUGCGCCUGUACCUGCUGCUCGAGGAGGCGGAGCGAGCCUCCGAGUAG